CACCUUGGCGUUUUCUGAUAGUGACAAAAACAAUCUGAUUGGUUCGGACCAAAAUCGGACCGGGGUGGUGGAGAAGGCCUCUGCGGAGCCCGUUGGAUUACAGGUGUCAUCUCCUGAUGUAGGCUUCGUUGGCAAUAAAACAAAGGAUGUUGGACCUUUGUCAACUGACGUAGGCUCACAUCACGCUUUGGCCACCCUGGCUGCAAUUCAAGUAACCCCUUCACCUAAGCCUGCAAGUGGGCUGAGUUCUCAAAGCCCAAUUGGAUCUCUAACCUCGGGCCAGUUGGAUUAUUUUGUGGAAGAGCCAGAUAGCCCAUCCAGUUCUCAUCGGACCUUAGUGGAUUUGGAGAGUGAUAAGUCCUCCUCCCUAAAGCCCCCCAAAAACCCUCUUAUGGGCCAGGCUGAGGUUAGUCUCUCUAAUAUUUUUAAUCGCUUUCUUAGUAUCAAGCGUAAAUAUGAGGAAGAUUCAGAGGAUAAUCUGCCUCUGAAGAAAUCCAAUCUGGCCAUUAGGGAUGGUGAUUCUGCUCUCAUCACCUUUCCACCAUCCCCUAUUAUUCAUUCUCCCCCCACCUUUUAUCCUGCUACUUCGGUUUCGUUCGAGCUAUCCAAAGGCAGACCUGUCAAAGGUGAUGUUGGCCUUCGUCGCAGUCCUCGGAAGAAGGGAGUACCUCGAUCUCGCCCAUCUGAUCUUCAGUUGUUGGAGGUAAAUGUGGCUCAUGAAGCUGAGAUUCCUAGUGUUAAAGCGAAUCAGGAUGUCGACUGGAAUGUCCAAGUGUUGGGGCGACCGCUGACGUUCCAGAUCUUACGAGGGUUGUGCACAACCCAUUGCCCCCUAGUGGUUUUUCUCAUGGAGACAAAAAAUAAGAGAGAAACCCUAGAAGGAAUAAGGAGAAGACUCCACUUCUCGAUGUGUUGUUACGUGGAUCCUGUUGGCCUAUCUGGAGGUCUGGCUUUAUGGUGGAAAGACGAGGUGGAUAUCAAGGUCAAGUUCAAGUCGAAGAAUAUCAUGAGAUGCAUAGUCAACUGGCCCAAUCAUCGUAACAGGUGGUUUUGCUCUUUUAUCUAUGCACCCCCGGUAAUGCAACGAAGAAGGGAGCUCUGGGAUUACUUGCGUUCUAUUCAUAGGGAAAGCAACUUUCCCUGGCUGUGUGUAGGGGAUUUCAACGAAGUAGGGUCUAUUCUAGAGAAACAAGGGGGAGGAGUUUGUAGGCGCUCUAGAAUUGAAGAAUUUCAACAAUUGCUAUCGGAUUGCGAACUAAUGGAUUUGGAAUUCAAAGGAUCGCUCUAUACAUGGACCAACAACCAGGGAGGAGGUGCAAAUAUUAGAGAAAGAUUGGAUAGAGCUGUAGCAAACAUAGACUAGAGGAUU